GUCAACAACUUUGUUGGUUUCCCAAAAAAGGUUGUUUAUUGUUCAUAUUUUUACAUAGCUGUCUGCUUAUUCAACAAUAUCGUCGUACCUUUCGACAACAUAGGAGAUCCAUAGUGAGAGGCAAGUCAUGUCAGACUCGGACGAACCUCCGGCAUUGGUUGAAUCAUCAGAUGAUGAACAGAAUAAGGACUCACUUAGUAUUGUUGACAAAUGGUUGAAGAAGGAUGAAAAAACGCUGAAACUGCAAGAGCAGUGGAUGAGGAUAUUUUGCUUCGCACCGUUUCUGUUUGGGUGUAAUAAUGUUGUACCAGCUGCCUGGGUGCGACCUCUGAUCAAUGUGAAACUGAUCCUGAAUGAGUCAAGACAAUAUGAGAUCACAUACUUUGAGUGGCAGGAGUGGGAAUGUUUGGAUUUACUCGACUUUGCUGUCUCGGAAACACAGAAGGCUCUGCGGAACAAAUCGAAGUUACGCCAUGUGCUGGAGUGUACGGAGAAACUGGAGGAAUGUCGGACAGGCGUGAUUAUUGACGAGAAUCUGGCCAUUGAGGAGGCUGAGAAAAGUGAAGAAAUUGCCGAUAUAUGGCGAUGUGUUCUACAAAAUGAGAAUGCCACCGGACGUGAAAAGGCUGCCAAGUUUGCUGUUCUAUAUAUCCUAAAGAUCUAUCGCGAACAUGUGGUAUAUUUGUGCGAAAAGAAUUCUGACUUUAUUGAACACACAAAGAAGUCUGUUAAAAAUAAAGACGCAGCAAAGACGGCCAAUGAGUAUAAAAGAUUAGGCAACGAGUUCUUCAACAAUAAUGAGUUUGUCAAAUCUAGUGAGCUGUAUUCUUUAGCUUGUAAACAAGAUCCAUUUCAUCAUGUCUACUAUGGAAACCGAGCUCUAGCUUACACCAAGAUGAAGGCUUACAAGGAUGCCUUAGCUGAUGCGAGGAGAGCUGUCACCAUUAAACCCGACUUUCCUAAGGGUCAUCACAGAUAUGCGUUGGCAUUUUAUGAGCUGGGGCAGUUAGAUGCAGCGAUAAAGGUUAACGAGCGAGGGAUGUCACUGUGUAGCAAAUCCCAGGACUACACGAACUUUCAACAGCUUAAGGAACAGGGAGAAAAAUUUGUGUCAGAACAAGGACAGAGAAACAAUGGGCUGACCCCAAUACCUAAAGAUCUGGAUGAGAAGUUGGCCACCGUUCCAAUAAACAACCCUGGUGUGGACCUUACGGAGAAAAUGGGUUGCAAACCACCAGUUAUUGAUAGCCAUGAUGAUGAUGUACCCAUGAUGGUUUCCAGUGAAUCAGAAGAAAGUGAUUCAGACGAGAGUACCUCUUCAUCCAAUCAACUUUCAAACAAAAAAUCGAAACAAGAGAAACAGACCUCCAAGCAAGAGAAACAGACCUCCAAACAGAGAAAAGCCAGCAGAAAAGACAAGCAAGAGGCCCAUAAUGUGGUAGACCCACACCCAGAACAAGCUACCCCUGUGGAGGCCCCGCCAAAGCUAUCCCCAGAGGAGGAGCAAAGGAGGCGCCGAGAGGAGGAGAAGGCGGAGUUUCAGGCCCUACUGAGGGCAGGGUCAGAGCUGUACGGUAACGAGGCGUACAAGAAUGCCCAGUCCAGCUAUGGGAAAGCACUUGACAUGUUGGCACAUCAUGAGAAUGUUGAGGAAUUGUUUGGAGUUGAUGAACUGGACCUUAUAACAUUGAAAUAUGCCUGUGGAAUGGCUGGUAUCAACACUGGCGUAGCUAGGACGAUGUGGGAUGGUAUGGAGAUUAUUUUGGAGAUCCAGACGAAACAUCGGGAUGUCCGGUUCCCUGCGGCCUACCUAGCUAUGGCCAAGGCUAAUGUCACAUUGCACAGGUUUCCCCAGGCUCUUAAUGAUUGUGAAUCGGGUCUUAAGAUCGCCACACACGUUCGCUAUGCGCAGGUCGCCUGGCCUGGAACUACGACCCUCAUUAAAGAGACAACACCAUCAGUGCUUAAGGGGGCAUUUGAAGAAAUUAUAGAGGUGUGUAAAUUCCCUCCACCUCCUGAUGGCACCUGUCGUUACCAUAAGGACCCCUUUGAUGAUCGUACAUCAAUCUACAUGGACGACCCUGACUUCAGGGGCUAUGUAAAGAUGAUUUGUCAAAAUGAUUGUGUGGUUACAUUCCACCAAGUUUGCUGGAAGGCUUACAAAGAUUCACUCAACAAACAUAAUGAAAAGGACAUUUUGGACACUGAAUGUCCAACACCAGACUGUACUGGCUAUAUCAUGCAGAUUCACAUCACAAGACCUGACAGCCUCGAAAAACAUUAUAUAUCAGAAAGGUUGACAGCAUCAAAGGACCAAAAACACAAGAAAAUGUCAGGAAAACAGAAAACAACUAAUGAGAACAAAAUAGCAAAAAAACAGGAGAAAAAGGAGAAGAGGAAAAAGAAACGACGAGAUAACGAGGACAACAUCAAACAGGAAGACGAGCAAGAAGCUUUGAUAGUUGACGGGGCAAGUGCCUGCGCCUUCAUUGAGGACAUGGAAACUUCCGAUCAACCACUCCCUGACAUGAAACUCACGAAGAGACUAAUGAAGGAAAACAUUGAUGUCAAGGCGAUUAACGCAAGUAGCGGUAAGACGAAGAAGUCGAAGAAGAAGAAGGACAAGUCUAAGCAGAUCCUGAACGUCGAGGUGAACUUUACAGACAACAAAGAAGAAACACUGAGGACGGAAAUGUCUGCGGCCCUUAAUGAGGAAGAGCAGGAGAAGGGACAGAAAGAUGCACCUCAAAAUCCGUUCUCUGUGCCUACUCAACUGCAGACAGAAAUCAACAAGUUUGAGAAGUCAUACACCGCCCCUGUAAAACCCAUGUUUAAGCCAGAUGAGGUCACAGAAAAUCUCUUCUCAUACUUUGCGGAGAUUCUUCAGAAUGGACCUUUAGCAGCAGACGACGCAAAAAUACAAGAUGAACUUGAAGUGUUUCCUUUUGAAGCCACUGAAAAAAUCAAGCUAGCGGGCGGAUUACCAGACUUCCUUAAACAGUCUCUUAAAUUUGCGGUUAUAGACGAUGUGAUAUCGCUAAUGCAGCACGCGAAAUCUGCCCGUGAGAUUGCCCUUCAGCGUAGAAAAGAGAAGGAGGCAAGUGGAAUAGACCCCGUGGUCGCUGAUUGGAAAACUGUUGGGAAAAGUGUGAAUAAUACAGAUGGAUUAAUUGAGAGUGUGACCAGUAGUGUGAAUUAUUCGGCUAAAGUUUCCAGUACAUCUAGUGUCAUACCAACUGGUUCAAAAAUGACAGGAAACAAAAUUAGUGCUUUGUCCUCAGUUUCUUCUUUAGAAAAUACUAGUUACAACAGUCUGACUGAUUUUGAACCACCUGUUAAUAGUAAGCCAGUUCAUUGGUCGUUAGGUUUGAAUGCCUUCGAAGGAAAGAUUUCGUCUGAUUCAUACGGUACUCGACAAAGCGGUUCUGGUCAUAUGGAUGCUAUAGACUCUAUUGAUGAUUUUCCUGUCGAGAAAACUGUGCUUUCAAAACCAAGUUCUAAUAGUUAUGAUGACUUGGAUGAUAUUGAUGAACUUUCCGAUGCAUAUAGUGACAAUAGGGAAAGUCAAGAAAGUUCUGGAGUUUCCAAAUCAGGAUUUAAAGCUGAUACCAGAUUUGCUUAUGAUUAUGGUAAUAAGUUAGAUCCUAAUAUAAGUAGGAGUAGUUCCAAAUCUGACAUUAGUGAAAGAAGUGAAAGAUCAGGGGCUUUGUCAGAAGUGCCGAAACCUUUGAAACCUCUCAAUAACAGCUUUUUGACUGUGAAAAAGCCUGCAGGAAUAUGGGAAAGCCAAGACAAUAGUCAAGAUUUGUGGAAAGUUAGUGGUAAUGAGGAGAAUGAGUUUGGUGAAAGUGAAAGACAAGAAUCACUGGCUCAAGAGAUGCAAAGAGUUGGUGAAGAGUUUGUACGGAGAACUGAUAUGAAAUUGGUGGAGGAGCUUGCUGAUUCCGUUGUGGAGAAGUUGUUUGAAGGAAUAACUGUGUCUAAAGUUGAAAGAUUGGAAAUGUUGAAGAGGGUGUCUACAGAUAUUAUGAAGGACUUUGAAAAAAGUGAGAAAUCCCGGAAACAAGGAAGUCGUGGCUUAUGGGCAAAUACCCCUGCUGGUGAUGACUACAGCAAACAAUUUGCAGCUGAUUAUAUGAAGAAAUAUUAUGAGGUUGAUGGAUCAUUGACUUCACCGACAUCUAAUGUGAAUGUAGUGUACCCUCAACGAUCGACAGUUGAUAAUGCCUCUUGUUUUAAGACUAAUUCCGGUUUUAAUUCCAUGUUGCAUAUUCCAGUCUCAGAUCAUUCCAAUCCAGAGCCCGUUUCGUCCAUAGCACUCCCAGAAUCUUCAUCAGGAUAUAAUUUAUUCUCUGGGCCCAGCUGGGGCCUCAAUUCAUUCUCAUCUCAGCCGCAAUUACAACCUCAACCGCAACCAAUCAAACCUCCGCCCAUCAUUUCCCCACCCACAGCGUUACCUUUCGUCAGACCACCUAUGUCAGCAACAGCAUAUUAUGCUGCUCCUCCGCCACCAUUAAGAAUGUCUUUCCGCCACCCGGUUCCUCCAUUUCCGCCAAAUAUGCGCCUUCCCGGGCCAGGUUCUUUUAUUCCGCCACAGUUGACGAUGAUUCCCACCGAGAAAAAGGAUAAAGAAACCCAGUGUGUGUCUCAGUUGAUGCAUCAGGCGACCAUGACAGACGUGUAUGAACCAUUCAAGAAUGAAUAUAUUACGGUGAAGGAUGAAAGAGACCGUGCUAUAAAGCUGAUUCAAGAUGGUCAGCAAGCCUAUGAAAAAAUGGCGAGAGAGUAUACAUAUAAGGAGAAUCAACUUGUGGUGCUUGGAGCAGAAGUGAAGAACAAAGAAAGUCUAUUUGAGCUAGAGAAGAAGUCAUGGAAGAGCGAACAGGAGAAUCUUCAAAAGGAGAUACAAAUACUUAAGGACAUUGUGGCCUCCAAGGAGAAGAGUGAACUUGACCUGCGUGAGAAAAUGGCGAAACAGGAGAGAAAAGUAGAUGAUCUUGCUUUCCUGGCAAAAGGCCAAAGAGACAAAGAUUUGUCAGAAAUGAAGAAACUGAUUGAGAAUGCCGAUUUGUAUCGACAGCAAGUUGAAUUGCAGCAAGAUCGAGCAAAAUCGUCGGAACUUCAAAUCUUGAAGUCGAAACUAAAAUCAGCAUGCGGAGUUCUGGAAAGAUCUCAGAAGGAGGCCAUAUUUCAUCUGCAACGAUUGUCAGCUUUUAAACAAAACGUUAUCCAGUAUCAAACAAACUCUGGACUGGAGGAGGAGCCCAAGUCAGUGCCGCCAGCUCUCCAACAAGCGCUGGACUUCUGGGCCAAUGUGAAGACUCAAUCAGAGGAUAACCUUGUCAAGAUUAAGGGUGAGUAUGAUGUACAGAUGGAGGAGGUACAGAGGGGAAGACAAUUGUCCGAGCUCACCUCCAUCAGGGUCCGCAGUCCGCCCCCAGUACCAGAGAGUUUGAAGGCAAUGCCCUUCAUGCAGCCUGGGUUUAUGAUGCCCCGGAUGCCCAUGUCGAACAGACAGCCCAUUGGACAGUCAGUGGGUGCCCUACCAGCCUCGACAAUGAAUGCCAUCCUCGGUCCAGUAAGCUCCACACAGACCCCUAUGUACAACAUUUCCCAGCCCAGCCAGAACUCUGCCCCCCAACCCGUACCCAUACGGCCUCUUCAGCCCUCUACAGUUGCUAUCAGACUCCUGUCUGGGCCUCGUCCCUCACUGACCCAACCCCCUAGAGCCCCCCUGAGGCCCCUCGGAGUAAAGGGGUUACCUGGGCAGAUGUCCAGUUUUGAGAAGCUGGUGUACAAGUUACAGAGUGUGUUCCCUGAGAAAUCACGGCCAGAGUUAAGCGCCCUUAUCCAGGAGUUACGCCAAAGUCGUGGUGGGUCACUGUCAGGAUUGACCAUGGAAGACAUAUUGACCCAGAUAACAGGGAUGGUUCGCUCCAAGGACAGGCAGAUUCUGCCUCUACAGAAGGGCCCCACACCCCCGCCAGGCCUCAGUAACAAGUGGGCGUUUCCUAGCAAUGGCGCAGCAGCACUGAUGGGUAGGCCAGCCAAUAGCAGCUCAGGGGCGGAGCUUCACAGAAUAACAACCAAUGGGGGCUUAGGAUCUGAGCUAUUUAAAGAAGAGGAGGAUCCAUGUGUGAUUUGUCAUGAAGAGAUGGAUUUGAAGCAGGUGGUCACUCUGCAGUGUGGUCAUAUCUUCCAUGAUGAGUGUAUCCGAAAGUGGUUCCAGGAGCAGAGUACCUGCCCCAACUGCCGAGUCCACGCCCUGCUUACCGACGAAUUUCCAUCCCUGGGUUAAGCAUUAUACCAAUCGCCGAUUAACAGAAGUUCCCACAAAAGAUUUUGAAAAUUCUCAAUUUCCUAAGGGUCUACAGAGUGUAUUGAGAGUGUCUAUGGUUCUACAAAAUUCCUAUUAAUCAGAAAAAUGUAUUUAGGAAAUUCCAUUGUGUAUAAAAAAUUCCCAUUUGUCAAAAUUUCCCAUUGGUCUACAGACAUUCUACCAGUGAUGUUUUUUUUCUCUGGUGAUAUCGAGAGAGUAAACUUUGUGGUUUAUUUCCCACUCAUAUAUUUUUUAUGUGAUUGACAAUUACUUGUCUUAAUUACUAAUUCAUUGAAAUGUGUGGAUAUUUGUUUGAUUGAAAUAUUUUAUUUGUUUUACAAAUACAUGUAUUUUAUAUAUAAGAACUUAUGCCAAACAAGUGAAGUGGAAAUUGAUAAUAAUGCAUUCAAUGAAAACUGUUUUAAUCCCAUGUUAUUACUAACUCUUAUCUAAGUUUGUUAAUACUUUAAAUUGAAAACAUAGAGUGGAUUUCAUAUGUUUUAUGAUUUUUCUUAUUUUAUGUUGUUAAAUGUUAACUGUAUAUUAUAUAAUGCGCAUCAAUUCUUUGCAUUUUAUUUUCAGAUAUGCAUUGACCUUCAACUUAUAAUUUAAUUCUCAUAGGAUUAGAUUGUUUCAUCGUCGUCUAUUAUUCUUUCACUACUGUUUGAAAGGUUUGAGUCUUUAAUUUUUUUUCAUAUUGAAAUUUUAAAACAUCACUUUGGGAAUUGACUGUUUUCUUGAACUUGUUCAUAUAAAUUAUUGUUGUUUCUUGAGUCGCUUAUUUGUAUCUGAACAAAUACAUGUUGUCCUUUUUAAUGCCAGCUUCACUGUUUUAAUUUUUAUACCUGGUAUUAUUUUAUAAUCAAAUAAAAAUGGUUUUACAUGUAUACUACGGAAUAUUAAUAGUACAAGUUAACUUGUUAGUACCUACAAUAUAUACAGUAUAUUUUUAGACCAUUUUAUUGUAAAUGCCAACUCUUGCUAAAUGGGUUAAUUUUAUGAUUAUGUUGUGUUAUCAAUUUUAUUGUUAUUUUAUUUGUUUGCAUCGUGUUGCCAUAAAGUUGUAUUCUGUUUGAAUGGAGAGUUUCUUCAGCAUUGUACAUGUUACCACGGUCACACAAGUAGUGCCAUUUGUAACUGAUGCUAGGUUAUUGUCAACUUGUCAUAAAUGUCUCGUAUUAAUCACUGGAAUACCAGUAUGGUGUACCAGCUUAAAAUUUGAACAAAAAAAUAUUUUGUCAUAUA